AUGGAGGAGCAGGGUCCGUUCGAGCCCGACUCGUACCUCCAGAGGCGGCUGAGCGCCAUACUACAGCCGGGGGUCAACAAGUUCUCCCUCCGCAUGUUUGGCAGCACCAAAGGGGUGGAGGCAGAGCAAGAGAGGGUCAAGUCUUUUGGGGUCUGGAUCAUUCACCCAUACAGCGACUUCAGGUUCUACUGGGACCUGGUGAUGCUCUUCCUUAUGAUGGGAAACCUCAUCAUCCUCCCGUGGGGGAUCACGUUUUUCGAGGACCAGAACACGCUGCCGUGGAUCACCUUCAACGUGGUGUCCGACACGCUCUUCUUGGCCGACCUGAUCUUCAACUUCCGCACGGGCAUCCUGGAGGGAGACAACUCCCACAUCGUCCUGGACCCGCAGGUGAUUCGUAGCCGCUACCUGCGCGGCUGGUUCCUGGUGGACUUCGUCUCGUCCAUCCCCGUGGACUAUAUCUUCCUCAUGGUGGACCUGGAGGCUCGGCUGGAGUCGGCCGAAGUGUACCGCACGGCCCGGGCUCUGCGAAUCGUCCGCUUCACCAAGAUCCUCAGCUUGCUCCGCCUACUCCGCCUCUCCAGGCUCAUCCGCUACAUCCAUCAGUGGGAGGAGAUCUUCCAUAUGACGUAUGACUUGGCGAGCGCGGUGGUGAGGAUAGUCAACCUCAUCGGCAUGAUGUUACUGCUCUGUCACUGGGACGGCUGUCUGCAGUUCAUGGUGCCCAUGUUACAAGACUUCCCCCGCGAAUGCUGGGUCUCCCGAAACAACAUGGUGAAUGCCACCUGGGAGUUGCAGUAUUCCUAUGCCCUGUUCAUGGCCAUGAGUCACAUGUUGUGUAUUGGCUAUGGUGCCCAGGCUCCAGAGGGCAUUACUGAUGUGUGGCUCACCAUGAUGAGCAUGAUUGUUGGUGCCACCUGCUAUGCCAUGUUCCUGGGCCACGCCACCAACCUGGUGCAGUCUCUUGACGCAUCCCGCCGCCAGUACCAGGAGAAGUAUAAGCAGGUGGAACAGUACAUGUCCUUCCACAAACUCCCAGCCGACAUGAGACAGAGGAUACACGAGUACUAUGAACACCGAUUCCAAGGAAAGAUGUUUGAUGAAGACAACAUCCUGGAAGAGCUCAGUGAUCCCCUUAAAGAGGAGAUAGUGAGUUAUAACUGCCGGGGACUGGUGGCCAACAUGCCACUUUUCGCCAGUGCGGAUCCACACUUUGUGACUGUACUUCUGACCAAGCUGCGUUUCGAGGUGUUCCAACCCGGUGACAUCAUCAUCCGAGAGGGUACCCUGGGCAGAAAGAUGUACUUCAUUCAGCACGGCUGUGUCACUAUAAUAACUCAUGGAGACAAGGAGAAACAACUCAGUGACGGAAGCUACUUUGGGGAGAUUUGCCUGUUGACUCGUGGGCGUCGCACAGCCAGUGUGAGGGCAGACACGUACUGUCGGCUGUACUCUCUCAGUGUGGACAGCUUUAACGAGGUCCUGGAAGAGCAUCCCUUGAUGAGAAGGGCCUUUGAGAGUGUUGCUGUAGACCGCUUGGAUCAUGCAGGGAAUGCCAUUCUGCCCUAA